AUGUUCCGUGGCAGAAGACAGCAGCAGUGGUGGCCGCAACCGCAAAAUUACGGCGCCGUGGCAGGUGCCGGCGCGCCCGCCUGCCCGCCUGCCCGCCUGCCCCCAGAUACCAUCUCGGCCGCCUGCGCUGCGCUGCGCUGCGCCGCGCUGGCCGCUCCUCUGUACAGCGACACACCGCGACUCCCCUUCCCUCGCAGUUCCCUGUGGAACCGCCUACGCAAACAGCCGCUCUCCCUGCUGGGCGCGUCGCAGCAGCAGUACUUUCGCAUCCUGCCGAAAGACGUGCGCGUACACGAGGGCGGCGAGGCAAUGCUGGAGUGCGAGGUCAGCAACCUGGGCGGCCGCGUGCAGUGGACCAAAGACGGCUUCGCGCUCGAUAGACAGUCUGGCGCCGCACCACGCCGCGCCGGCAGAUUUGGCAAUAAAUUUUUGUGUCACCUCGCCGCCGGCGGGCGGACGCGCCGCGACUUCUUGCCAGAGUCUGUCCUAGGGCCCAACUGCGGCAGCAUCCGCCAUGUGCACGGCCGCCGGCCCUCUGCGCGCGCCAGCCGUGGAGGCGGCGACGUGACACGGAGCGAGCGCGGGCGGCGGCACGUGGCGGGCGCCCAGCAGCGCGUACUCGGCCGGCGUCGCGGCGGCGGCGGCUGCGGCGUCGUCGCCAGGCCAACCGGCGGCUCGCCCGCUGCCGCCCGCUGCGCGCCGCUAUCGAUUACCGCCUCUGCCCCGCCGGGCCGGGCUCCAGCAACGCCGGGCUGCCUGCGCGGGCGCAGCCCACAACAGGCGCCGCCGCGCCGCGCCGCGCUUUGCAUCUCCGCCCAUCAGGCACCUACCUCUACGUCCGUACUCUGCUUCUCGUCGGUGAUCCCGGGCUUCCCGCGCUACUCGGUGAUGGGCGACGCGCGCGCCGGCGUCUUCAACCUGCGCAUCAGCAACGCCACGCUGGACGACGACGCCGAGUUCCAGUGCCAGGUGGGGCCGGCGCGCCUCCACAAGGCCAUCCGCGCCAACGCCCGCCUCACCGUCAUCUCUCCUCCGUCUUCCAUAGAAAUCGUCGACCACCCACCAAAUUCGAAGAUAGAGAUAAAAGAAAACGAGGAAUUCGAGUUGGUGUGUCAGGUGAAGAACUCCAAACCGGCCGCUAAGAUAAUAUGGUACCGAGGAAACGUCGAGCUCAAACUGGAGAAACGUGUAGAUACAACAACAGAAGUGAAUGCUGGUGCCAAUGGACAUGCAAAACGCUAUAACGUACUGAGUCGAAUCAAGUUGCGACCAACAGCAGAAGAUGACUAUGCAGACUAUACUUGUGAAGCUCGCCACGAGGCUUUACCACCUGACAUGCCACUCCGUGUCACUGUGCAGCUCAGUGUCCUCUAUCCACCAGGCGUACCAUACAUUGAGGGUUACACAGAAGGUGAGGUGAUCAGACGAGGCCAGACAGUUGAAUUGGUUUGUCGAUCUCGAGGAGGGAACCCACCAGCACAGCUCAUUUGGUACAAGAAUGGCGAGCAGAUCCGCAUGGCUUACCGUACUGCUGGUCGUCUCUCUGAAAAUGUGUACUCAUUCACAGCAGAUGCUAGUGAUAACAAUGCACACUAUCGCUGCCAGGCAUCCAAUAUUAUGAGUCCUGCUCCAUUGAAGGCUGAUGUCACACUCACUGUUUUAUUUGCACCAGCACAGGUGAGCAUCGCAGGCCCAACAGAAGCACGUGCUGGUGAUGAGGUGCAGCUUACUUGCACUACAGCUAAUAGCAACCCACCUGCUGAGAUCAAGUGGAUGGUGGGUGGCCGCCAUGUACGCAAUGCCACACAGCGAGUGAUACCCUCACCAGACGGUGGACACAUCACGACCUCCAACAUCACUGUAACUGUUGCCCAUAACCGUCGUUCUGUUGUCGUCAUCUGCCAUGGUCUCAACAUGCAGCUCACUGAAAAUGUCGUCAGCACACACACCAUCAAUGUGUUACAUCCCCCAGGCCCACCAAUUAUACAGGGAUAUACUGAGGGAAGCAUACAUGCUGGAACUGUUCAGAAAAUUUCCUGCAUCUCAUCAGGGGGAAAUCCUUUGGCAACUCUAACAUGGUACAAAAAUGACAAAAAGAUAAGCUCAACAACAAAAGUCAGUGAUCGUUCUGUAUCUGCUGAAAUAACCAUUUUAACAAAUGUAUCUGACAAUGAGGCAAGAUACAGAUGUGAAGCUUCAAACUCGGCAACUGAAAUACCUCUGUUUCAGAUUAUCACAUUAAAUGUGUACUUUCCUCCAGACCAUGUGGUGAUCCGCAAGGAGCCAGAGAAACUAACACCUGGUGUGAGAGCAACUCUGACUUGUGAUUCGAGCUCCAGUAAUCCUGAAGCAGAAUUAAGUUGGUGGCGAGAGGGCAUUGCUGUUCCAGGAGUCACCAAUGUUACUCGUCCUGGUCUGCAUGGAGGCAAGGUGUCAAGCAUAAUGCUAAAUCUUGACGUGACUCCAGAAUUGGAUGGCAAUGUAUACACAUGUCAGGCAACAAAUACAGCAAUGCAGAGGAGUGUUCAUGAUGCCUUCACAUUGCACGUUUUUUAUAAGCCAGUCUUUGAAGAGGCUCCAAAAGACAUGCAGACUGGUGUGGAAGGUGAAAGCCUUGUACUGUCAGUGAAAGCAAAAGCACACCCUGGAGAUAUAGUUUACACGUGGACAAAAGAUGGAAAUGUUGUAGGGAAAAGUGAUGAGUCUCGUAUCAUAACAGAGGGUCCAGUGUUGAACAUUACCCAACUACAGAAGGAUGAUGCUGGCUCUUACACUUGUGAGGCAAUUAACAGUGAAGGAGCUACCUCAGUCACCAUUAAUGUCACAGUCCAAUAUUCUGCAAUUGUCAGGGAAGCGCCAGAGUCAAUAAUGGUGGCACCUGGAGAAGAUGCACAUUUAUAUUGUGUUGUUGAUGGAAAUCCUCUAGCAAAAAAGCACAUCACUUGGAAACACAAGGCAUUCUCUGAAAGCGAUAUGAAAAAGCGAACUAGCUCAUCUUUCAGAAAUGGCACUUCAUAUUUAGAUGUCGUACAGCCAAUAAGAGCAGAUAAUGGUCUGUUUUCGUGCAUUGCAAACAAUGGAAUUGGGAAACCUUCAAGCAAGGAUGUUCAUUUAAUUGUAAUGUAUAAACCAGAGAUAGACAACUCGCCUAUGUUUGCAAAAGGUGCCAGCAAUACUGGUGAUACUGGACGUCUUACAUGUAGAGCUUCUGGGGCACCCAAAGUACGGUUUGCAUGGGCCCGGGAAGGUUCCCCAAUACCUACAAACACAGAUAAAUAUGAUGUGCAGUUUAGGCAGGUGGACCUAGUUACUUAUGAAUCAGCACUCCUCAUCCAUCAUGUUAGGCCAUCAGAUUAUGGGAACUAUGAGUGUAUUGCUAGGAACAACAUAAGUUUUGCCACAGUUACUGUGCGACUGGAUGUAACAUCUGCACCUGACACUCCUUCAGCAUUGACAGUUCUCAAUGUGACUCAUGAUUCAGUCACUGUCUCUUGGGUUCCAGGAUUUGAUGGUGGAGUGCAGCCAACAUAUCGCAUUCGGUAUCGUCCCACAUCAGCAACAUUUGAAGGAUACAAAUAUGUGGAUGUAACUAAACCGGAUUCUAACACAUAUGCAAUUACGGGACUUGAUGCUGCAACUGAUUACACUAUUAGUAUAAUGGCCUUCAACAAACUUGGUGCUAGUAAAUACCUGCCAGAUCUGCUGCGUGCAAAAACUUCAAGUGGACCUCCUGGGAAAUCAGGUACUGCUGGUGUCGGGAUUGGCCCUGAUGUGCCUGAUGCUCUGCUCGGGAAGGCCGAUGUUCCACGCCUCGUCAUUGUUGGUGUUUCAGUGACUGGAGCACUACUUGUUCUCUUCAACAUUGCUCUUGUUGCCUGCUUUGUGUACAGGAAGAGAGCCAAGGGUAAGCGUACAGCUGCCAGCGAACAGAGCAGCAGUAAGUCGGCAACCAUUGAAAUGUAUGCCCCUAGCAGUUAUAAUGAAACGGUCACUGGUGAAACACUAAGUUCAGUUUCAGAAAAGAGUGAAAGCUACUCAAAUGGAGACAGCAAUCAGGAAUAUCUAGAAGACAACACAAAACCACCAGCAGCAAGUACUUACUUGAUUGACCAGAUGGAGUAUCCUUACCAGUACCCUGCUUACGAGGUCCAACAUCAGCCAAAACCUCAUCACGAGGAGGGUUCAGAGACAAUGAACAGAAAUACUUACAAUCCCAGUGUAGAAGGAGCAAAAUUGCAUUACGCGACACUACCACCACCGCCGAGCCAUGCCGAUGGUCCAUACUACAACAUUUCGCCUGAUGCCCGUUAUGUGGCAUAUCCACCACAGCUUGAGUUUGCACAUCUGACAGGCUCCUUGCGGCGACCGACAGCUGCUGCUGGUAUGGGAAGUGCAGUGCGUGCGCCGUCUACUGUGCCGCCUCCUGACGUCACAGUCUCCCACAACCCUCCUCCUGUUCCUCCACCAGCUGUUGUGCAGAAUGGUCCCACUCCGCUACUUUCGACAUUCAAUCCUAAUCUUGGUUACCCAGCCUCUGUAGAAGCUGAAGGACAUCUAGUGUGAUUGUGCUCCCUUUGAAUAGAAGAGCUUCACGUGUGGUCUCUUUGGUGGUUGCUGAUUCCAGUGGAAACUGAAGCUUGUGUUUUCAACAUUUUCAAGAAAAUUGUUUACAGUUUUAUGGAGUCAUAUAAUGACUGAAGUGUGUGUUAAUAUAAGAUAUGUGCCAAAGGCCUGUGAGAACUUCUGGCACUAUCGGUUUCAAAAUGCUACAUUCUGAGCAUUAAUGUGUAUAAGAAUGAAGAGUUUACUCUAGAACAAAUCUCUUUUGUUAUGAGAUGUCUUACACAGUUCCACUUUCAAAAGAAAUUUGAUCUGCAGGAAUUCACCGCUAGUGAAGUAAAUUUGUUGAAAAUGUUGUGUAAUUUUAUAAGUGUGUUGGACUGUUUCUAGGGACAUUGAGGAUCAUUCAGUUUAGUGUAUAGUGCAGAUGGUGCUGUUUUGUUGCUGUGAAUUGCUUACUACUUGCUGUGCUCUGUGUAUGGAUGGAGUGUGAACAAACUUCCAUAUGAAAAAAAAAAUGGGUUCGUAUGUGUGAGGUAUUGACAGUACAAUGUAAAAUUACUGCGAGGUGCUGGUUUGAACAGAAUGUGACGCUGUUCUCAUAUUGUAGGAACAGUUUAUCUUGAGCUACUUGUGUGAUAGAACAAUAAUAAUUUAUAAACUGCAUUGAACAUGCCAGCUUCGUUUUUUGUAAGCUGCUGAGACUUCUAUCAGUAUGAGAUUUUUAUACUCGAUACAGAUUUGUGUUAUACACAAGAAAGAAUCUCUUCUGUAUAGAAGUUUCACUGUAAUUAUGGUGAUCCACAAACAGCUCAAUCACCUGCAGAAUUUCAGGUGACUCCACAGUUUUUGCAUUAAGACUGAAUAGUUGAACUUAGAUAAACAACACAGUUGGAUACAUGUAAUCUUCCACUUAAUGUCUUUUGAUCUCAAUUUUCUUGUUUGUAUUUGAGGUAUCUUACUAUAAAAGCAUGUUGUAGGUACAUAUAUUUCAGUGUGAAAAAUUUUAUUUUUUCAAAUUACUGCUGCUUUGUGCAUGUACAGAGAUCUUGUGAAAAGAAGAUGUCUUCACUGGGUCUUGGAAAAAGGCCCUUUUUGCAUUUGUAUGCAAUCUAGAAACAGUUCUAAAUUUCACUUACUGUUUACCUGUAGAAGUAUUUUAGAUUGUUUUCAGUGACAAAAAGUAAUGGAUAUUUGCUAUUUAAAAUUUCAGUGUUGAAUUGAUAUUUACUUUAAUUACAUCAUUUAUUUUAAUCAGAAUCUAACAGCCAAAGAUAACUGCGAGUAUACUGGCUGUAUAUGAACAAUGAAUUCAUCCGGAAACAGGGCUGAAAUAGGAAAUGUUGUAUUUCUCUAAAUAUACUGUAACAGUAGAACCUUUAAAUUUGUUGCUAUUGAAACUACACAGCAUCAGCACAGAUUCAUACUAGAUGGGCCUGUAAACUGACGCCUGUAGAGUGCAACACAAUUCUCUUUGAGACAGUUUUAUAUUGUUUUAUUCAGAAUGUUUCAUCCUUCCAUCAUUUCUUGUAUCUUGCACUCAUCCAAAUCUGUAUCAACCCCAUCUAAAUAGAAAUGAUGUAUUAUUCUGCAUUAUGUGUAAUAUCUCUUUGUUUGUAUUUCAGUUAACUUUUUAUUUUUCAAGCCACCUUCUUUCAGAAAUUAGAAGAUUCAUCUUUCACAGCUUAUAUCUACCAUUAAGAUCUUACUUUUAAAUGAUCUGAAAUUAUAAUUCUAAAGUUGGUUGUCAGUAGCUUUGGAAGGGAAAAUGAGAUGUCAGUUGGCAAUGUUUUGCUCGUGUGCUAUACUUUUUCAUUUUUUCGCCUGACUAUAUAUGUUCAUUCCAUGCUGUUGACUAUUUAGUACUAAAGUGCUUAUACCUGUUUAAUCCUGAUUAUCUGAACCUUGUGACCCAAAGUGACUGAUACCAAACACAGAACUAUCUUUUCUUUAUCACCGUCAGUUUCAGGUAUGCUGUUACAGUUCCUUUGGACUCAUGGUACUGAGAUCAGAAACUUUAGCAGUGAAAGAUUAGCAGUAUAUUGAAUACUUCCUCAUAUGUCAACCAUGUUUCUGAUUAUAAAUAAAUUUUGAUCAAUAUGUGUGUAUUUGUUGACAAUACAGUCUUACAUCAAAUGCAGUGUAAGCCUUAAUACCUUUUACUCCAUUUCCAUAUUUUGCAUUUUCUGCUAUACAAUAAAUUUGUUUGUCCAUAGUAUUUCAUAGUUGCUCUUCAUGAAAAAUUAUUAAUGUAAGGAGACAUAAUAAUCCCUUAAAAGAAUUGUGAUAGUAGCUGUAAGUAAAAUCAAUGAAAUGCUCAUCAUAUCUUACAAAAGAAUUGCUGAAAUAUGUGUCUUGUAAUAAUUGGAUGUAGACUAAUAUGUUAGCUACAACAUCAGAUGAAUCAAAGAGGCCUCCCAACUGAAAUUUCCAUGUGCACUGCAAAACAGUGGCUCUUGAAUUUGUUUUGGAUUCUGAUUGUUGUUGCAUCAGGAAGAAGAGUAAUAGCUUAAUUUUGUCAUGAAAUUAGCUGUAGAACACUUCAAAUAUACUAAACAUCUGAGGAAAUUCUCCUGAAAUGUAUUUUUUUUUAUUUUCCCUCUUUAAUGUUGGUCUGAUCACUGAUACGUUAAUUUGAAUCUUAUACACCUAAUGGUCUUUUUUAUUUUAGUGCCAUUACGUUGAGUGAGCAUCAUUUCAAAAAUAAAUCAGUAUUACUGUGUAGAUUAUCUUUUUGCAGUUGCACUUUGAAAUUUCUUGAACAGUCUCUUUCUUGAAGAGUAACACCCCUUAUUCAUGAAUAUCACACAGUUUGAUUUGCUUCGAGCAACAUAAAAAGACACCAUUCAACAUAAAAUUCAAAGCAAUUCAUUAACAUAAUCACCUAUAUCAAUAUUAUGUUUACUUUGUACAAUUUUGUAAUGGGGCAUGCUAAAAUAUGUUUUUCAUUUUUUCUGAUAUUUUUAACAUAAAUAAUAAAACAUUUUUCUUUAAGAUUACCUCCCUGAAGUGGGAAGCCCUUUUCAGUUUGAAUGUUUACUGUAUCACAGGCAUCAGACCAUCAGCUCAUAUGAAUAAGUACAUUUUCAAAUGUGUUGAUGUGGUAAGCCAGUGUAGUUGAACUACUGUGCACCACAUAAAAUAUUUCUUCAAUAUUAUGUUGGAUUUGUUGCACAAGCAUUUCAGUUAAAAACUACUGAGCCACUGAAAGCUGGUAUAUGGGCUGUGUGAAGCUAGAACAAUUAGUAAAAAAAAUUAUUUAAACAUCUAUUUUGAUUUUCAAUCUUGUAAUGAAUUAAAGCAUUGUGUAAUCUAACUGUAGUGUAUUCUGGUAUAACUUCUGCUGCAUUUUGUGUGCAUGGUUUCCAAAUUGUGAAAGUGAUGUGAACUAUUUUCUGAUGUGUCAGUGUGAUAUCUCCAUAUGAAAAACUUUCAAGUGUGCUAGGUUCUGAAUGCAGCAAAAGAAAUUCCUACAGGAAUACAAACUACCUUCAUUGUAAUUUUGCAGUUCCCAUUUUAUGAAAAAUGUUUGCUCAAUAAAUGUUUUGAAAUGUGUUUGUAAUAAUCUUAUUAGGUAAAAAUGUUGCCGUGUUGAGUACAGAUACAAAAAUGUGUUACAGCUGUCAACACAGUGCUCUUCCGUAAUUUUAAUUGCAGAUUUGUACAGGUAUGCUUCUAGUUAAUGAUGUAUAAAUUAUAUAGCAGUACUGUAAUUAUAAUUGAUACUAUGGACAAUGAAAGUUGAAAGAAUUGUAUUUUUAAUACGGUAUUCUAAUUUAGCAGAUAUUAAAGUGUACAGAAGUCACUUGUUUGACUCAUUAUUCAGAGUUUGUAUAUAAUCACAUACCUUAAAAUAGUUUGAAUGUUAGUGUAUAUGAAUAGUCCAAAUGACAAAAAUAAUAUAAUUUUGUCCAUCAUCAUACAUUUACAGAAACUUAAUAUCUGCUGCCUCCAUGUAAAAAUGUCAUUUUAUAAUGUGUAAUAUAUUAUGUGCAGUUAUUGAUAAUUUUGUUUUUAUAACUGAUAUCCACUUGCAAAAAUAUGCCAUAACAAAAUGGAGUGCCUUGUAGUAACUGGCUUUGUGAAUAUAAAAGAAAAAUACUGUCAUGCUCAGUACGCAAAUAUUGAGCAUUUCCCAUUUCUUCCUGUG